UUUUAGAGGAAUUUUUACCAACUUUGAUAAUGUUUAAGAGAAAAAAAGARCAAAACAAGGCUGACAAAGACAGCAAGAAUGAGYUGGCUAGUAUGCUUGGUGGACUGGGAAUGGACCCCAGUGAAAUGACUUUUGGAAUUGACGUAAAUGCUGAUGAUGACRGUGAUGAUGAUGACGAUGAAAGCUUAGAGGCUGAGCUGGCUGCAUUGCAGUCAGAAGGCGGUCGAAACAAAAGAAAACAAGAUGAUGAUGAUGAUGAUGAUGAUGAUGACCUAGACAAUCCAGAUCUUCUGGCAGAACUCCAGUGCAUUGCUCCUGAGGAAAACGUAGUAUCAAGAAAAGAUCCAACUCCUGUUUUACAACCAACAAAAGCUGAUUCAUCACAGGGAAAUGCAUCCUCAUCAGAUAUGUUWCAAUUGACUGAAAGAGAAAAAAUGUACCAAACAGCAAUAGAAAAUGCAGAAAMAGCAGGGGAAUCRUCCAAAGCCAGAAGAUAUGGAAGAGGCUUAAAGCAAAUAGAACAAAUGAUUAAGCAAUGUAAAUCUGGGAAGCCUGUCGACCUUAAUGAAUUGCCUCCAGAAAUAUCUACAGCCUCAAAAGCACCACAAAGUGCUCCUGCAACUGUACCAUCUCCCGCACCAGCUGAACCACAGAAACCAAACCCAGAAGUUCUACCAAGUGUUAGUCAGUUGAAGAAGCCAUCUACACCAGACCAACAAGAAAACAAGCAWACUAGUGGGGASCAAGAAAAAGCAUUAGARCUACUAAAAACAAGACAAAGUCACUAUAAAAUGGCUGCUUUGAGCUGCAAGAGAUCUGGUGAUAUUGCYCAAGCCAAACAUUUUCUAGCUAUAUCCAAGCAAAUUGGAACCAUGAUGGCUGAUGCUCAAAACAACAAACCAGUUGAYUUAUCAUCAUUACCUCCAGAGCCAACUCUCCCAGCUGCUCCCGCUAAUCSUCAUAUGGAAUCAGAACCCAGACAACAAUCAGGUAGCCCAACAAGAGAGCCAGGACCCAGUACUCAGCAAACCGACCCUGGUCCACCCCCACCCCCUAAGGAUGCCAAUGAAGCACUUCAGCAGAGAUUGCAAAAGUAUCAACAGGCAGCAGCGAAAGCACAAGAAGAGGGGAAUUCCAGUAAAGCCAGAAGAAUGGGACGAAUUGUGAAGCAAUACGAAGAUGCCAUUAAAGCUUACAAAGCAGGCAGACCAGUUGACUUUGAAGAGCUACCUACUCCACCAGGCUUUGAGGAAAUUCCUCUUCCCAGCAAGCCAGCUCCACCACAACAAACACAGGCACAAGCAGAACCACAGGCACCAAAGCUUUCAGUCCAAAUCCCACAACCUGCAGCUCAAAUACCACCGCAAAGACAAGGGUCCUCAACGAGACAAGGACGCAAUGAGCAGCAGCUGAACUUCUUAUUAGAGAGACAAAAAGAGUUCAAAACAGCAGCUCUCAAGGCAAAGAAAGCUGGUGACAUUGAUGAGGCUAAGCAAUGGUUAAGAAUGGCAAAGGGUUUGGAUCCAAUGAUUGAAAAUGCAAACAAUGGUCUCAGAGUUGACUUAACAACAGUUCCUCCAUCUCCAUUGGCAUCACAAGGACCAGCACCAACAGCCUCAGCUAACUUUGUUGUGGUUGAGUCAGGUGACUGCAAACCUAAUCCCACUACACCAGAGGAGGUAACAGAACUGUAUGCCAGACUUGAAGAUGCUUUAAUYAAGCAAACAGAGAUGUGCAUCAAAAAUGGAAAACAUUAUCAACAGCUAGGAGAUCUGAGCAGUGCUAAAAUGUAUGAAAAGAUGGCCAAAACGCUUCAUCAAGAUUUAGAUUCUGUCAAAAGUGCAAAGAAGCAUAAAGAUCCGCCACCGAAAUUCCACUACGAAAAUAAGACAUUUACCAUUGUUAAUUCUUUUCCAGAUUUGAGCGAUUCUCAAGUUGAAAUAGAAGUUGUUCGAUGUCUGAACAUUCCUCUUCCUUCAGGAUAUGAACCCAAGGACAUGUAUACAUAUGUGACGUUUGAUUUCCCAUAUCCCAGCUCUGACGAACCGCAGAGUGGAAGAACUAAAACAGUAAAACAUUCAAUAAAUCCUGAUUACAAUGAAUCGUUCAAAGUCAACAUMGACAGAAAAAAUAGAGCUCUAGCAAGAAUGUUUAGACGACARACAGUAAAAUUUGAAGUCAAAUAUGAAAGAAAUAUUUUCAAGGGUGACAAAGCCUUGGGUCAGGCACAAAUCAAGUUGGCUCCAUUUGAUUCAAAAUGUGAAAUUCACGAGUGUGUCGAUCUAAUGGACACUGAUAGAGGAAGAAGGUCUGUUGGUGGUAAAGUAGAAGUGCGACUAAAAAUCCGUGAACCAUUGACCGACAAAGACGUGCAGAUGGAGAACUGGAAGUGGCUUGUUAUCGAUAUGCACCUUGGUGGACGCAGGGCACCAGAACUUGAUGUGGAAUCGAUAACAKCAAAAACUUCACCAAAACCUGGACGAACCGUGAAUCAGGGGAGCGUCAAUGACCUGGUCAGCCUUGAAGUCUUGAAAAUGGAGAAGCAGCUAGCGGAAAGGCAGAUUUCCGCUCAAAAAUCCAAAGGACAUUCUCCAUCUUCAAAUAUUGUUCAACGGUACCAAGAAAUAAAUGGAAAAUUGAAUAGCAUCCAAGCAAUGCUCAACAAGGCUGAUAAACAAGCACUGACAAAUUAUGUUUAUCAGCUUACAAGUCAGAUGAAAGUGGAACAGUCAAAUGCUCAAAAAGCCAUGCAAACAGGAAAUAAGACCGAAGCACAGCUGUGUCUGACUCGCAAGAAACUAAUGCAAAACGAGAUUAUCUCCCUCAAACCAAAGCUGGGAUUAAAAUGAAAUAGAAUAGAACUGCAGAAUUGAAUAAAAAAUGGAAAGAUGUUCUCCGAGACAAUAUGGUGACCRGAACAACUCUUCAGURAACUUUAAAAUCUAUAACCGGUUUAUCAUGAGUCYAGUCCUUCAGAUUCUUCGACUUUCCAGUUGUCUUCGCACKAUUUUGCUUGCAAAACUGAUYACAGRAUAUAAUUUGUCGGCAUUYAUCUAAAAAAUUCUAAAAUGUAUGAUCUGAGUCGAAAAGUUUUAUYUUCAGUUUAAAAUAAAAUUUCAGUCACUCAGUUUGAGUCGUGGUACGGAAA